AUGUUUAAUACAUAAAAAGCCUAGAAUUGUUAACUUCACAAAUCUUAAAUUUAUAUAGGGUUUUGUAUAUCAAAUAAUUGUCCUUCAAAUUUUUUCUAUUGUUAAAAAUGUUUAGAACAAGAUCAUAGGGGUCAUAUAGAGAGUUGCAAAGAAUUUGGACAAAUAACCAAGGAUUUCACCAAUUUCAUCAAAGAAAAAAAGAGUCACUUAGACAAGGCAAAAGAAAAAUAAAUUCAAUUGCAAUAAUUAGGCAGAUAUUAAAUUGAUGCCUAUGAAAAGCAAAUAGAUGAACUAAGAAACAUUUAAAGAAACUUUUCGAAGAAAAAACCUCGAUCUUUGUCAAAUUAAGAAAUUAAAAUCUUAAAAUAAUAAUACUGUCCAGAUGGAUAAAUUGAUGAUUGUAAAUUUUAAUAAGGUUUAGUGAAUGAGGUAACUUAAAUGGAACAACUAAUUUAAUCUCUAGAGUUAAUGAAGGAGGAUUGCUUAAAAAAUGGAAGAUAUAAAUUAAUAAGUAUUCUUAGCAAUAUCUAUUUUAGAGAAUAUAAAGAACUGCCUUUCUAUAGGAGGUUAUUGGUGUGUCUAAAUUAUUAUUAUCAGUAUGAUUUUGCUUUACUUUUUUCUGUUUUUGGCAAUUAUAAUGCCUUGGAUGAAUUAUGAAUCUGAGGAGUAACUAAGGUAUUAGCAAGCCAUCGAAAAUCAAUCUUUUUUAGAAUCAUUCAGAGACUAAACUCAGUAUUUUACCAUAGGUAAUAAAUUUAAUAUUAUUCAGCUAAUGAUUUAUAUCUGAAGGGGAAUUAUAGUUAAGCUAUUAUAUAUUAUAAUAAGGCAAUCCAUUUACAAUAGGAUAAUGCAUCCAUUUAUUUUUAUAACGGUAGAUGAUAUCAAUUAUAAUAUAGGAAAUGCUUUAGCAAAAUUAUAUUAUUUUGAGCUCGCAGUUUAAAAUUAUAACAGAGCUCUGAAAAUAAAUUCUGACAACGAUGUUAUAUAUAUGAAUAAAGGUAUUCAUUGUAUUUCAAAGCAGGGUAUGCGCUAACUUAAUUGAAACUUUUUAAUUAAGCUAUUGAUUGUUAUGAUGUGGCGAUAAAAAUCAAUUUUCUUAAUGAUGAGGCCUAUUACAAUAAAGGUAACCUUAUUAAUAAUAUCAUUAAUUAAAUUUUAGGAAAAGUCUUACAUUAAGUUAAACGGUAUCGUGAGGCUAUAGAAUCAUUUAAUAUAGCUAUCCAUAUAAAAUCUAAUAAUCAGCACUAUUAUUAUAGUAAAGGUUACUAAUUUCAACAUUAAUUUUAGGAUUAACAUUACAUAAGCUUAAAGAAUAUCAUUAAGCUAUAGAAUCAUAUGAUUGUGCUCUUUAAAUUUCAAUAAAUCAAGAAAUAUUAAAAAAUAAAAGUAUUGUUUCAUAAAAUUUAAGAUAAUUCAUUAUUGAAUUUAGAUAAAAUUGACAAACCUUAAGAAUUGAAGAAGGAUACUUUGUUUGAAAUAAGAAAUUGA